UGUGGGAGAAAGACUACUUUUUAGCGCCUACGAUUUUAGCAAAAUUAAAUUAAAACAUAAAAAUCACCUUUUAAAUUUAGGUGCUGAUUGGCAAGGUCAAAUCGACCGAACCAUUGGAGAAUGGUUCUGUUAUAUACCUUAGUGCUUGCUAUCCCACCUCUAGUUACAAACAUGUCUCGAGUUCUGCACAUCGUUGUCUUACUAAUUCUUGGCGCUGCUGCCAUUUCGGCUGCCAAAAACAAUAGGAAACCCCCAACUCGUCAAGCUGCCGAUGAUGACGAAAACCUGUCUUCUGACUGUCCAGAACCAACCGGGUACUUCGCUGAUUCCGAACAAUGCGACAAGUACUACCACUGCGAGGAAGGACAUCUGACUGAAAAAUUGUGCCCAGAUGGUAUGGUUUUCAACGAUUUCAGCACUGAAUACGAAAAAUGCGAUCUUCCAUUCAACAUUGACUGCAGCCAAAGAUCCAAACUACAGGAGCCACAACCUACUCAGCAUUGUCCAAGGAAACACGGUUACUUCGCUCAUGAAGAUACAAAUAUCUGUGAUAAAUUCUACUACUGUGUCGAUGGUCAAUUCAACAUGAUCACCUGCCCCAAUGGUCUUGUCUAUAACGAUAAAGUGGGAAUUUGCUCUUGGCCCGAUGAGGCUAAAAAAACUGGAUGCUCUUCCUCAGAGGUCUUCAAAUUCGACUGCCCCAAGGUAAAUGAAUCCUUUGCCAUGACCCACCCCCGUUUCGCUGACCCCGACGAUUGUCAAUUCUUCUACGUAUGUGUCAAUGGGGAUACCCCAAGACGUAGCGGUUGCAGAUUGGGACAAGUUUUCGACGAUGAAAGCAAAAAAUGCGAGUGGGCUCGUCAAGUACCUGAAUGCGCUGAUUGGUACAAGGGCCGUUUGACCGAUGAGGAGUUAAUGAAAUUGGAAUUCCCCCCAACUCCAAGGCCAAAGGGUACCAAAGUAAGCAAGAGGAAGCAAAGACCAAGACCUCAACCUGUUGAAGACGAUGAAUAGUUCAUUCGUUACGCUAGUACAUUAAAAGACUUAAUUAUUUGUUAAUAAUUUAAAAUAAAUAUUUAUAAAUAUUAA